AAUUACAAUUAAACAAAUUCUUAAUUUAAGCAGAAGUUUUAAAUGAGUCUUUCAAAAUACAUCUUUGAAAUCUAGACAUUUUGUAGCUUGUGCUUUUGUUUUUGUCUCUUUUCAACAGGUUGCAUUGAAGUAAAACUUUGUUGGUGUGACUAGAGCUUGUUAACAUGAAACUCACUGGAAUCGACUGCAUCCAGGAGCGCUAUGGAGCAAUUUUCAACAUGGAGGAGAAAUUGUUACACGUGUCUGGUAACAGAAGACAGUAUUUCAGUGACAGAAAGCUUACACCCAGUGGGGUAGCAACACCCUGGCACCAAACCUUGAACUCUAAAGCGAAGGGAAAUGCUGGAGCAGUGACUGGAAGAAGUAUGAGAGCAGUGGUGACAGGAGGCGGAGGCUACUUUGGGUACAAGCUGGGAUGUGCUCUUGCCAAUGCAGGAGCUUCAGUUGUUCUGUAUGACGUACACAGGCCUAUUUGGGAAAUUCCCAAUGGAGUAGUGUGUAUCCAGGCAGACGUCAGGGAUUAUGAUGCCAUAUUUGCAGCCUGUGAAGGGGCUGACUGUGUGUUUCACGUCGCUUCAUAUGGAAUGUCAGGAAGAGAGCAAUUGUACAGAGAAGAGAUUGAAACUAUAAACAUUAAUGGAACAAAGUUCAUCAUUGAUGCCUGCAAACGAAGGAACAUCACUAGACUGAUAUACACCAGUACAGUAAAUGUGGUGUUCGGAGGGCUUCCUAUUGAAGAUGGUGAUGAGGAAACCGUGCCAUAUUUUCCAAUUGAAAAGCAUGUUGAUCAUUAUUCCAGAACCAAAUCAAUUGCAGAACAAAUGGUACUAGCAGCUAACGGAUCUCCACUAGCAGGAGGUGGAAUACUCUAUACAUGUGUUCUUCGCCCACCAGGAAUCUAUGGACCAGAAGAGCAAAGGCACUUGCCAAGGCUGGCAAAAAACAUAGAGAGAGGGCUACUUAACUUCAAAUUUGGGGAUCCUUCUGCUAAAAUGAACUGGGUGCACGCAGAGAAUCUUAUACAAGCUCAAAUUCUCGCUGCUGCUGCUCUCACCCCUGAAAAGAACUACAUAGCUAGUGGCCAGGUAUAUUUCAUUAAUGAUGGCGAAAAAUUCAACCUUUUUGAAUGGUUAACUCCACUUUUUGAAAAAUUAGGUUGCAGUAAACCACGGAUACGUAUUCCUACUUCCUUAGUUUAUGCAUCAGCCAUCGUGAUGGAAUACCUUCAUCUGAUGCUGAAGCCAUUUGUUGAACUGUCCCCACUGCUGACCAGAAAUGAGGUACAGAACAUUUCUACAACUCAUACAUUUCGAAUAGACAAGGCACGGAGUCAGCUGGGAUACAGCCCAGAGAAGUUUGCAUUUGCUGACUCUGUGGACCAUUACAUUAAAACGAGACCAGAAGCCCAAAAUAAUCACAUCUUCUUCAAAGUUUUGCUUUCUUUAAUUGUUACUUUAAGUUUGAUCUUUCUUUCUUUAGAAUUUGACAGCCUUUCAGUUUUGCUUUUUUUUAAAGAAACGCAACAGUGACUUGCAUGAACUGUACAUACUCAUAGUACCGCUACCUGGAUCAUUCUAAUCUCCUCAAUAGUCACUAGGUCCAAUCCAAUAAACAGGUUUAUUUCACACCAAAAAAACAACUGUCCAAACUGAUUGUUGAAGCAAAUGAGAAUCUGCAGAAAGAACAAGAGCUACAACCAGCCUGCAGUGCUUCACCAGUGAAAAGAAUGGCUAAAAUAAAGAUUGACUACAGCUUCUGCCAUGGCUCACUGCCUUGGGGAACUGAGGAGCAACCAAACGGACAGACAGAACAGACUACUGUAAAUAACAUAUACAAACUAUACAGAGAGUUCACACUGUGUAAAUUUAUUUUGUGAAUUAGCUGUAUCACUGCAUAUGAGGGAAAAUAAAUGUGUACAUGAAA